UUCCUUGUCGGGCUGCAUGUGGCCCAAGGGCGGCAGUUUGAGGACACCUGCCUUUAGGCAUUUCAAUGUAGGAAUGGAGACAGGGUGGGGAGGAGAGACUGGUUUAGAUAAAGAAAAAAAAUACAAUGCAUAAUAAUGCUCUUAGAGAUGAGUUGGAACACUGGAAGAAAAUACGAGGAUGUAGCUGGAGGAAUAAGUUCUGCGAAUAUGAUGUCAUCAAGGAGUCAGCCAGCCAUUGAUAAAGGAGUAAAGGCACACUCAAGUAGAUUAUUGGAAAGAGUCUUGGGGAAGUAGAAAAGGCAGAAAAUAAUGGCAACCAUGGCAGGAUCAAACCUCAUAAGGAGUGAAACAUUGGUCAGGACUUAGAAGAUAAUUCAGGAUACCACCUAGUGGUAGGCUCUGUAGGUAAGCUUACAUAGGUAAUCUCUGUAACCGGUGGCUGUUCCUUUUGUGGGCUUUUCCAUUUUGAGCUAGCCAUUCAAGGUCUCAGUUAAUGUUUUAUAAAAGGCGAAGUUAUUCUUGAUCUACUCAGGAAGUAAUGGUAGAAACUAUACUUAUUGUAAUAACAUUUUGACAACAAAAAUGCCUCCAAUUCAACUUAAUGUACUAAUUUCACUAUCUUUACUUUGAAAACUCCCUGGAAACGUUAGCCACGCUCAGAAUCUCAUAACUAUCUAGUGUUGGAAAGAACAUCUGUUGCCCAUAGACCAAGUAUUCAAAAAUACUGCCCAUUCAACUGUCAAUACAAAAAUAAUCAGGGUCCCAAGAGAAGCAACCACGUCGGUUUGUGACACCACUUAUCCUUGAUCUCCCUCUGUCUACGCCACUUGGUUUCAAUUCUUCUGCCACACACACACAAUCACUAUUAUUAUUGUUUGAUAAUUAUAACUAUUAUAAUUAUUGCCAUCGAUAAGAAAAAAUAGAAGAAACGUAUAAGUAUCUGAGCAGGGCAGUAUGAAGGGAAACCUAAUCUUCCCGCCCAUGCACGUCCUCCGAGCUGACAAACUGAGGAGCGAGAUCCCCAAAGCCAGGGGUUGGAGCCCUGCGACUUGGAAACCAGGACCGAAGUCCUCCUGCGUCCUAGAAAGGACACCGAAGCGAAGGCUGCCCAGGAGAUGGAAGGCAUAGUGAUAGUGAAGGUGAAGGAGGAAGAUGAAGAUGAAGAAGAUGAAGAAGACCAUUUUCAAAGGGAAAAAAAUAAUGUAGAGUCAUCACCACAAUUUCUUAGCCACUCUACAACUAUGAAUGAGAGAGCCUUACUAUCAUCAUAUUUAGUUGCAUAUCGAGUGGCAAAAGAGAAAAUGGCCCACACAGCUGCUGAAAAAAUUAUCCUUCCAGCAUGUAUGGAUAUGGUACGUACAAUAUUUGAUGAUAAAUCAGCUGAUAAACUAAGAACUAUACCUCUUAGUGAUAAUACGAUAUCUCGUCGAAUCUGUACUAUUGCAAAACAUUUGGAAGCAAUGCUUAUUACACGGCUACAGUCUGGUAUAGACUUUGCAAUCCAGCUUGAUGAGAGUACUGAUGUUGCAAGUUGUCCAACAUUCUUGGUUUAUGUCAGGUAUGUGUGGCAAGAUGAUUUUGUAGAAGAUCUCUUAUGUUGUUUAAAUUUAAGUUCACAUAUAACUGGAUUAGAUUUAUUUAAUGAACUAGAAAAGUGCAUUGUUGGUCAGUAUAAAUUAAACUGGAAAAAUUGUAAAGGAAUUUCAAGUGAUGGAGCAGCAAAUAUGACUGGAAAACAUAGCAGAGUUAUUGAAAAAUUGUUAGAAGCAACCCAUAACAAUGCUCUUUGGAAUCACUGUUUUAUUCAUCAAGAAGCUUUGGUAUCCAAAGAAAUUCCACCAGGUCUAAUGGAUGUAUUGAAAAAUGCAGUGAAAAUUGUUAAUUUUAUUAAAGGAAGUUCAUUGAACAGCCAACUUCUUGAAAUAUUUUGUUCAGAGAUUGGAGUUAACCAUACCCACUUACUGUUUCACACAGAAGUUCGUUGGUUGUCUCAAGGAAAAGUAUUGAGCAGAGUAUAUGAACUCAGGAAUGAGAUUUACAUUUUUCUCAUUGAAAAGCAAUCUCAUUUGGCAAAUAUUUUUGAAGAUGACAUUUGGGUAACAAAAUUGGCAUAUUUAAGUGAUAUUUUUGGCAUUUUUAAUGAAUUAAAUUUGAAAAUACAGGGGAAAAACAAUGAUAUAUUUCAGUAUCUUGAACAUAUUCUAGGAUUCCAAAAGACAUUAUCAUUGUGGCAAGCAAGACUUAAAAGUAAUCACCCCAGCUACUAUAUGUUCCCAACAUUGUUGCAACACAUUGAAGAGAACAUUAUUAAUGAAGACUGCUUAAAAGACAUAAAAUUAGAGAUAUUGUCACAUCUUUCCUCUUUGUCUCAAACCUUUACUUAUUACUUUCCACAAGAGAAAUUUGAAUCAUUAAAGGAAAAUAUUUGGAUGAAAAAUCCAUUUGCUUUUCAAAACCCAGAAUCAAUACUUGAGUUAAACUUGGAGCCUGAAGAAGAGAAUGAAUUAUUACAGCUCAGCUCAUCAUUCACACUGAAGAAUUAUUAUAAGACAUUAAGUUUAUCAGCAUUUUGGAUUAAGAUUAAAGGUGAAUUUCCAUUGCUGAGUAGUAAGAGUAUAUUGCUGUUAUUACCAUUCACAACUACUUAUUUGUGUGAACUAGGAUUUUCAAUCUUGACACGAUUGAAAACAAAGAAAAGAAAUAGGCUCAAUAGUGCACCAGACAUGCGGGUAGCAUUAUCUUCAUGUGUUCCUGACUGGAAGGAACUUAUGAACAGGCAAGCACACCCAUCACAUUAAAUAAAAUCUUCACGAAA